AUCAAUUGAAAAUAUUUGGACAAAAGCACAAAUGGACGAGAAAUAAAAUCAAUAAACUGAAGUUAUGCCAGCUAGCUUUAUUUAAGCAAUUUGUCAAUGUGAUGCCUCAUUUGGAAGACAGAAAAAACACCAUGUGUGUUUACAGUAUGUCAGUUGGCAGCCCUAAUCAAAGAUAAAUCAAUAGCGGCGUGAUUUGUUUACAACACAAACAAAAAAUGUUAUAAUUGCAAAAUUUUCGUGUCUAGAAUAGUAGAGUAAGCAAAAAUAGUAAACAAAAGCAAAGAAAUGCUUAGUAUUAAUCCACAAACAUGUGCAAUAUGCGUGCUGCUUCUAAGCGCAGCUCUCCCGGCCACAAAAGCCUCCAACGGCGAUCGCACACAAUUCUUUCACAAUUGUCGGCAAAAUUGCGAACGCACAAAUUGCUCAGCUGAUGGCCUAGAAAUCCAGGAGCAAGCAAUUAGUUUCUAUGGCCAAACGAUAUUCGAUCGCGUCUUCGGCUGGAGCUGUUCUGAUGAAUGCUCCUAUGGCUGCAUGUGGCGCACUGUGUUUGCAUUCCUGGAGCGUGGCUGGCCCAUCCCACAAUUCUACGGGAAGUGGCCAUUUCUUCGUCUGUUCGGCAUGCAGGAACCGGCUUCAGUUGUCUUUUCGCUUCUCAAUUUCGUGAUGCAUCUGCGACAGUUGCGGAAAUUUCGCCGCGAAGUACGAGCCGACAGUCCCUGCUACAUGCUGGCGCACAUCUUUGGUUUGACCUGUCUCAAUGGCUGGGUGUGGUCAGCAAUCUUUCACACCCGCGACUUUCCGCUCACCGAGCUGCUGGACUACGCUUUCGCAUACUCCAUCAUACUGUGCUCACUGUACUGCAUGCUGAUGCGAAUGCUGCAUCGAUAUUCGCUCUUUCUUCGCGGUGUCAUCACACUGGCAGUCGUCUCGUACUACAUUAAUUACUUUGCCUAUCUGAGUGUGGGCAAAUUUAACUAUGCCUUCAAUAUGAAGGUGAACAUUGCUACCGGUACCCUGGCUGCUGUGGGCUGGUUUGUGUGGUGUCAUCGUGUUCGCUAUCGUCGGCCGUACUUUAAGCGUAUACUACGAUUCUAUGUGCUCUUCGCACUGGCCAUGAGCCUGGAACUGCUCGAUUUUCCGCCAAUACUUUGGAUACUCGAUGCGCAUUCGUUGUGGCAUUUGGCCACAGUGCCAUUGGUUUCACUGUACUACGACUUCAUGAUUGAAGAUUGCCAAACGCUGCGCAAGGAGAAGGUAUUAACAGAGGCUUAUCCCUAUUAUAACAAGGAUAUUUAAUUUAUUUUUUAGGCAUACUCGCAUAUUCUAUAAUACUAAUAUUAGCAUAGAAUACACAAAUUUUAACUCUA